AUGAAUGAUCUUAGUUGUCAUGAUGAACUCAUAAAGCCUCCCUCCCUGCUCAUUCCAUUGAAGGCCGCGGGUUUCGAAGUGAAGUUCUCUAGGCGUUCUUCUGGGGCCAAUUUUGGCGUUGAAAUCACCAAUUAUGACCUUAUAGAAACUGGUGUUGAACCACAUCUUCUCCUCCGUAAACGGCCGAUUCGGGUUGUAUGUUGUUCGAAAGAGUCGAUGCUUAGUGCCACAUUCGCGCUGACGAGGACAACAACUCCUCUACUGUCGCAUGUUCCUAAGAACAGCUCUUCUCCUCGUCUCGGUCAGUCCGAUGACGUCGCACUUAAACUUCCUGGCUUGCAUCAUCAGAUCUUCAAUAGCCGUGUCCAAACGUUCGGGCGUUGUAAGAGCAGAUCGUCAUCCUAG